AUGAGGGGGGCUCAGAUUUUGCAGCCGGGGUUGUCGUCCCCGAGAUGUUCCGACAUUGACCAUCAGCAGGAGACGCUAUUCCGGAACGAAACCCUAAGGAGGCACGACGGUCUCAGCAAGGCGAAGAGCUCACUGCUGAUUCAAAUCCGGACGGGAGCAAUAGGCUUACGGGACUUCUUGUUUACACGGGGAGUCCCGGAGGUUCUGACUCCUGCCUGCGAGUGUGGCGAGGGACGAGAGACUGCCGAACACCUGGUAGUGUGGUGUUUGGCCCCACCGUUGACUCGAAGAUGGGAGAGAACUGGAAUUUGGACACGACGGGACUUUUACUCUGUUCUACACGGCAUCAAUCCCACGACUGCACGGCUUGCGAGGAGAGUUCUCGACUGGCUGAUGGACUCGGGGAAGCUGCCGAUGUACAACUUAGCCAGGAGGCUCGAGCUGGAAGCGGCGGCCUGA